CGUAAUCGCACCUGUUUACUGGUGGCAGUGGCUAAAUCUGGCAGGCUUUGACUCGCUUCUCUCCCUUUUUAGAUUGAGUUGCCUUUUUCCUUACACCUGCCGAAAAAGUAAUACAAGCAGCCAAGAUGUCGAUUUCGGCAAUUUUUAUUCUGGAUAUGAAGGGAAAGGUCUUGAUUUCAAAGAACUAUCGUGGAGACAUUGAGGCUGGUGUUAUUGAAAAAUUUAUGCCACUUUUUAUGGAGAGAGAAGAGGAAGGCAAUCUCACGCCUAUUAUACAAACCACCGAAUGUACUUACGCCUACAAAAAACACCAAAAUCUGUACAUAGUCUCCAUAACCAAGAAAAAUGCUAAUAUAUCACUAGUGUUUGCAUUUUUUGUUAAAUUGGUUGAAGUUAUGCAAGAAUAUUUCAAGGAACUCGAAGAAGAGAGCAUAAGGGACAAUUUUGUUGUGAUUUAUGAACUUUUGGAUGAACUGAUCGACUUUGGUUAUCCACAAACUACAGACAGUAAAAUAUUGCAAGAGUACAUUACGCAGGAAGGCCAUAAAUUGGAAAUUCAGCCUAGGAUUCCAAUGGCAGUUACAAAUGCUGUCUCAUGGAGAUCGGAAGGAAUAAAGUAUAGAAAGAAUGAAGUGUUUUUAGAUGUCAUUGAAUCCGUUGACUUGCUGGCGAAUGCCAAUGGUAAUGUGCUCAGGUCGAUGGUUCAUGGGUCUAUUAAAAUGAGAGUUUACCUAUCUGGAAUGCCCGAAUUGCGCUUAGGAUUGAACGACAAAGUUCUUUUUGAAUCGAUGGGUCGUAGAAAGUCUAGAUCCAUAGAAUUGGAAGAUGUCAAGUUCCAUCAGUGUGUUAAGCUGGCAAAAUUUGAAAAUAACAGAACAAUAUCAUUUAUUCCACCAGACGGAGAGUUCGAGUUGAUGUCGUAUCGCAUGGAUUCUUUUGAAAAGCCAUUGAUUUGGAUCGAAUCUGUGAUCGAGAGACAUUCUCACAGAAUUGAAUAUACGAUAAUGGCACUAUCACACUUUAAACGGCGCUCAACAGCACAUCAUGUCGAAGUUGUUAUACCAGUUCCAAGUGACGUGGAUUCCCCAAAAUUUAAGACAACCAUAGGAAGUGUAAAAUAUUGUCCGGAAGAAAAUGCCAUGAAAUGGUCAAUCAGAUCAUUCCCUGGAGGGAAGGAGUACCUGAUGAGAGCAAACUUUGGUUUGCCAUCUGUUAUUGGUGAAGAUGUUGAAGGCAAGCCCCCAAUAAAGGUGAAAUUUGAGAUCCCAUAUUUUACUACGACAGGAAUUCAAAUAAGGUACUUAAAGAUUAUAGAAAAAAGUGGAUACCAAGCUUUGCCUUGGGUAAGAUACAUCACACAAAAUGGUGACUAUCAGCUGAGAACAAACUAA